ACCCGGUACACGUCGGUCUGCCCAGUUGUGGAUUUUGAAAUCGCAGUUUAUUAUGUUCCGUUCGUUGGGCAUUAUAUCUGGUGGACCUCUUUAUAGGUUCAGGAAUAUUUUAAAAAUAAAUGCGAAGAUUUUGCAUGAAUGUAAAAACGGUUAUAAUUUAUCAACAAAAGGUAGCUAUGACUGCACGUUAGACGAAAGUACAGGGAUAGCUACUUUAACUUUGAAAAGAAAACCAGUUAACAGUUUAAACACAGAAUUUUUAACUGAUCUUACAACUCUUUUGAACAUUCUGGAAAAGAAUAGUUCUGUGAAAGGCCUUGUAAUAACUUCAGGUUUAAAGGGAAUUUUUUCUGCUGGAUUAGAUAUUAAAGAAAUGUACAAAUCUGAUGUAACCAGUUUGCAAACAUUUUGGAGAUUAGUACAAAAUUUUUGGAUGAAGUUAUACAUGCUUCCUGUGACUACAAUGGCGGCUAUAAAUGGACACAGCCCUGCCGGAGGUUGUUUGAUGGCACUUUCAUGUGACUACAGGAUCAUGGCGUCAGGACCAUUUACGAUUGGUCUCAAUGAAGCUUUGAUUGGAAUUGUUGCUCCACUCUGGUUGAUGGAAUUGUUUAGAAGUACUAUUGGACACCGACAAGCAGAAAAAGCUUUGCAUAUUGGAACGAUGUUCGGUCCACAAGAAGCAUUACAAGUGAGUUUGGUUGACGAGGUAGUAAGCGGUGAUGAGCUGUCGCAGCGCACUGUCAAGCAGCUCCUCAGAUGGAUCAGAGUUCCAAGCCAAGCUCGUGCCAUGACAAAGCAGAUGUUGCGAAAACCAUUUGUGGAGAAGUUGGUGAGUUAUCAAGAAGAAGACGUUGACAACUUUGUAAACUUCGUCAUGCAAGAAUCCGUUCAAAAUUUGCUUGAGCAGUAUUUACAAUUGUUGAAGAAGUAGUUAUUUGUAAUUUCGACAAAAUAUUUAAAUGAAAAUUUCACAUUUUGGUUUGGCUGGCUGGUUGGUUGGUCGGUUGGUUGUUUGUUUGGUUGGUUGAAAACAUCAAGUAUUCGAAAACAGUGCCACAAGGCAUUCAUUUUGCUGUUUCAAAUAUUCCUGAAAUCUAUGAGUAAGUGUCAUUUACAAGAAACAAUGGAUAUUGUAUUUCAAAUUUAAAAUAUAAUAGUAAAAUGUAAUGGUGAAGAAGUACUUUAUUAAAAUAUAAAA